AUGCGUUUUACCGCCGCCACCUUUGUUCUUGUAACUGCUGUCCUCCCGCAUGCCUCUGCGUGGACCGUAUGGGUAAACUGGAAAUCCCAAUGCGGAGGCAACUCCUAUCGAGUGGAUGGAACUGGCAGCACUUCUUGCCAGUUGACCAAUGUUCCAGCCGAUCAGAAAAAGCCUAUAUCUCUUACUCUUACCAAUGGCCGCAAUUGUGUUGGUUAUAUGUAUGGAGACCGAAACUGUGGCACACAAGUCGGAGGAGCGGUUGGUAAUAGCGGCACAGUAUGCUCAGCUGACGUGGAUUUCCAGUCCUGGAGGGUCGUCUGCUCAUAA